UAUAUUAACAUUUGUUUCCGAUAAUUUGUUUAUUAUUACAGAAAAUCCGCUAAAGUCGUAUGAUUCAAAUGUAACAAAAAACUCAUCUAACCUUGAACGAUUUUUUUUUGAAAUAAUUGAUCCAAAAACUUCAUAAUUUUCAUCUUCUAAUGUAGGGUUUAUAUUUAUUCUCUUUUCAUUCUCAGCGUCAAUAUCAAACUCUUUUAAAUCAACUAAUCCCGUCAUAAUAACUUUGAAAUUAUCCUGUGUAUUUAAAAUAUAAUCUAUUUUUCUCUGUUGUCCUGAUUCAAGAAUUUCAUACAAAUGGAUUACCUUAUCAAAUUCAAUGAUUUCCAAAUUAUUAUUUGUGUUUUGUAUCCAGCUAGUUAAAUCACUUAUUUUAAUAAUAUUCCCAUUUUUUGGUAAAAGAUACGAAAUGUUCAAUGUUUCCAAGCACGAUAUUAAAGAUUCGAAUGGUGGCGAUCCUAUAUCAACCUUUUCAAUAUUUUCGAAAGUAAAAGAUAAGGAGGAGCUUGGUAAAAUAUUUUUAAGAGAUUUCCCCAAGAUAAUGUUUAAUGGAACAAAAUGCCCAUACUCAUCAAAUACAUUUUUUAGAAGUAUAAGUGGUUUCAUAUCUUCGAGUGUAUUUUCUAUAGCUUGUCUAAAUUCUUCUGAAGGUUUGAUAUUAUCCUUAUUCAAUAAAAUUUUAAAUUUUUCACAAUUUAUUAUAAAAUAUGUAUUAUCUCCGUAAUUCGAAUCAUUAACUCGAAUAGCUCUUUUGUUAAUUGUAAAAGAGUACAUAUUACUAGGUAUUAAAAUUUUCUUUGAAUUUGUCGUCAGGUUUAUCAUCAUAUCCUCAAAACUUUUACUAUCAGAUUCAUCAGAUUCGAUAAGUUUACUAAGAGAGUACAUAUUAUUAGUUAUUAAAAAUUCUUCUAAAUCUGUUGUCGGCUUCAUAAUUUUCAAAUAAGAUUCAUCAUUUGAAUGAACAUCAGGAAUAUUGAUGAUAUUAAUUGCAAUUUUAUUGCUGCUUUCUAAUUCAAAAUAUUUAUUGACUAUUAAACCUUGAAGCAGACGAAAUUCUUUGAUCCAUUUCGUUAAAUU